ACCGUUAACCGUGAGGCGUUAAAACCAAUCAUUUUGGCGUUAGCGGCAAGCAGACGAGCUCGACUGGUUUUAGUAUUGCCCGAGUUUCUGGUCGAAAACUAGACAAAUUUUGCUGACUAAGUGGCGUUUCCUUUUCGAAAAGUGUAAAUAGUGCAACUGAUUUACUCGCUAAAACUAAAAAAGUUCCCUGUAAUUUGUUUCGAACCUACGUAGUUAACACACUCGGAAAAUGGUUUGCUGCAGACUUAUAAAGACUUACUUGGACAAUAACGGUAAUAGUAAUACUCAAUGGAGUCGUUUACCAUAUUUUAAUGAAAAUAAAACUCAACAAUAUCACGAUGAUGAGAACGCGUCCACUAAAGAUCGCCUACAACGUUUGGGCUAUACAACUGGUUAUGGUACAGUGAGUGGUUAUCCUGGUGGCACAGGCAUAUCGGCCUAUAAUCCAAUCAAACUUGACUUAGGCGGUGUGGUUUUGGGUACUUUGGUGGGUCUUGGCGUCAUUAUUAUUAUACCGAAAUUAUUAAGUGCUUUACAUGGUGGUUAUACCGGCUACGGCAGAAGUGAAACGGACAAUGAUCUAUCUUCUCUAAGUAGUUUAAUGACAAAAAUUGAUGAUAUUUUGGGGCAAAACAAUAUCGAUUCGACAACAUGUAUGCAACGUGCUAUAUGUACUUACGUACGUUCAACUGAAUACAAUAUGAAAACGGGAGCAUCUGAUCAAUUGGAUGAAUUCAUUCACAUGCUAUCGAAAAAUUCCCUAAUUGACUACCUGCUAGAUGGGACAGCAAUUAAGGAAGCUUUGGAACAGGGUAAAAAUGUGAAUUCGAAACCGUGUGAUCAAUUAUAUGUCACCUGUCCAUUGGAUAGUAAAAAACUAACACAAAUGCUUAUAAAAUUAUUACCUAAGAAAUCUUCGGCUUUAUCGUCGGUUAAUUCAAAAGCCUCACUUUAAUUAUGAUAACAUGUGAAUUUGCUUCUUGCUAACUUGAUGUUUACACACCCACACAUA